CAAUCCUUCCGCUUAAUUCGUGUAUAUUUACAGUUAAACAUAGAGUCACAAUCAAAUAAAUAUUUCUUCACUUUUUUAUUACAUGCUCCUGUCUUUACUGAACCUGCACAAAUUUGAAAACGACAAAAAAACACUUCCUCCCAAUCAGAUAUAAUUGAUGUUGGAACUCAACCUGCAUAUGGAAAGAGAGUGCAUACAUAUAUUCAAUCAUUAACUAAAUCUAAAUCAUAAUCCAUUCAAAAUCUAUAUACACCAGAUUAUACUGCAGCUAACUCAAGACAAGGAUAAAGCGGUUAAGGAGAUACCUGAAUACUAUUUGCAUUAAUAAAUUUUAGAAAAUAUAGCUAUUAGCUCCGUAAAGUAGAAACAAUCGUAAUAGUCCUGCAUUAAGGAAUAUUUGAGAGCAAAUAAAGAUGUUCAUCGAAGAUGAUGCACACAUGGAAAGUUUCUGGAUACAGAGUGCUAUUGGGGCCAUUAAGGCCUUUGCAUUUGUUUGUGAUAUAAUCACAUUACCAGUUUAUUUGGUCUUACAAAGGCCAUGGAAACGUAGACAAGAAGCGAAACGAGUUAAGGCAAAAAUUGUGUCUAAUGACGAAACCGCAUUAAGUUAUCGGACAAUUGAACCUCCACGUGAUGUUCACAUUAAAAUGUUGCAGGACAACAUAGACACGCUUGAAAAGGUUUUCAAUUACGUUGCUAAAACACAUUCAUCGAAGCGGUGUCUGGGAACUCGUCAAAUUUUAAGUGAAGAAGAUGAAGUCCAACCCAACGGCAGAGUUUUUAAAAAAUACAAAAUGGGUGAAUACAAAUGGAAAAACUUUAUCGAAUCUGAACGGUUAGCUGCCGCAUUCGGACGUGGUUUACGCGAAUGUGGCCAAGAACCCCGAAGGAAUAUCGUAAUAUUUGCCGAAACUCGUGCUGAAUGGAUGAUUGCUGCUCACGGCUGCUUCAAGCAAUCCAUGUCAAUUGUUACUGUUUAUGCAACACUGGGCGACGAAGGCGUGGCUCACUGCAUAAGCGAAACUGAAGUAACAACCGUUAUUACAUCCCAUGAUUUACUGCCUAAAUUCAAGUUGCUUUUGGAUAAAUGUCCAAACGUUAAUACAAUUAUAUACAUGGAAGAUCAGUUGCACAAAACUGACACAUCAGGAUUCAAAGAAGGCGUUAAAAUUAUUCCAUUUUCACAAGUAACACGUCUUGGCCAAGAUAGCAAAUUCGAAAGCGUUCCUCCUAAGGGCGAUGACAUUGCCAUCAUCAUGUAUACUUCUGGCUCAACAGGCACACCAAAGGGAGUCUUAUUGUCCCAUAAAAACUGCAUUGCAACAAUGAAAGGUUUUUGUGACGUUGUUCCAAUCUAUCCCGACGAUGUUUUAAUAGGAUUUCUUCCUCUUGCCCAUGUUUUUGAAUUGGUAGCCGAAAGUGUUUGUUUAAUGACAGGCGUGCCAAUUGGAUAUUCCACGCCAUUGACUUUGAUAGAUACUAGCAGUAAAAUUAUGAGAGGCUCCAAAGGAGAUGCCACCGUCUUAAAACCAACUUGUAUGACCACUGUCCCACUUAUAUUAGAUCGUAUUUCAAAAGGCAUAAACGAUAAGGUGAACUCCGGUUCCGCCUUUAAAAAAGCUUUGUUCCAGUUUCUUUACCAAUACAAAGUGAAAUGGACUCAGAAAGGUUACCAGACUCCUUUGAUUGAUAGGUUGGUUUUUAAAAAAGUUGCCAAACUUAUGGGCGGACGCGUUCGAAUUAUGAUGUCAGGCGGUGCACCACUUUCACCCGAUACACACGAGCAGAUAAAAACUUGUUUGUGCGUUGAUUUAAUUCAAGGUUACGGCUUAACUGAAACCACAUCGGGAGCAACGGUUAUGGAUUAUCGCGAUAUGCAGUAUGGUCGUGUUGGCGCCCCAUUAACAGUUUGUGAUAUACGCUUAGUCAAUUGGGAAGAAGGAGGGUACCGAGUCACAAAUAAACCCAAUCCCCAAGGAGAAGUUCUUGUUGGGGGUGAAUGUGUUUCCAUGGGUUAUUAUAAGCUACCAAACAAAACAGCCGAAGAGUUCUUUGAAGAAGAUGGAAAACGCUGGUUCAAAACCGGAGAUAUUGGUGAAAUGCAUCCAGAUGGCGUACUUAAAAUUAUUGAUCGCAAAAAGGACUUGGUCAAGCUGCAAGCUGGUGAAUACGUUUCCCUUGGAAAAGUAGAAUCGGAGCUUAAGACAUGUCCACUGGUUGAAAAUAUUUGCGUAUAUGGUGAUCCUACCAAGCAGUUUACUGUUGCUCUAGUUGUACCCAAUCAGAAGCACUUGGAAGAGUUAUCUCUUCGUCAUGGUCUUGAAGGCAAAACAUUUGAAGAGCUUUGCUCGAGUUCAGAAAUUGAAAAGGCAGUUAUUAAAGAAAUCGCUGAACAUGCUCGCAAAUGUAAACUUCAAAAGUUCGAAGUCCCCGCUGCCAUUACACUCUGCAAGGAAGUCUGGUCACCAGACAUGGGGCUUGUAACUGCUGCUUUUAAACUGAAGCGCAAAGACAUUCAAGACAAAUAUCAGCACGACAUCAAUCGCAUGUAUGCCUCAUGAAAUUGACUAAACAACUAGGUGCAGUUUUAGCCGGUAACAAGUAUGCACUACACGAAAAGUUUAUUCGUGUACUGUCUUUAAUUUUUCAUACAUCACGAUCUAAUAUGGAUCAAAACAAUUUCUCAUUGAAUGAAAAUUUUAGUACAGCAAUAUUAGGAACACAAAAUUAUUUAUUAAUCUAUACAAAUACCAAUAAUACUACCAUUUCAAAUUGUACACGCAUGUUCUAAAUUUCAUACCGAAACUACACUUCCUUAUUACGCUUUGAACUUAAAUAUAAAAAGUUAAUGGUAAAAAUAGAACAAUGAAAAAAAAUUAUUAUUUUAUGUAAAGUUUCAAACACACAGAAGGUCUUAUGAAUUCAUUUUAGUUCUUCUUUCAUAGCUAUAAUCACUCUUAAACAAUUGUUUUCUGCUUAACAUGAAAACAUAGUGCGAAUUAACACAGCGCAACUUGGAUAACGUGAAAGACAUAUUUUUGAAAUUGUUUAAAUUACUUCAAGUUUGUUUAAGUGAAUGCUGAAUUACUAAAUUAAUUAGUAUUGGGCACAUUUUCUUUAUUAAUUUAUAUUUGUAAAUUUAUUAUCAAAUGCAUUAACCACCUAUUUCAUAACAAAAAUUUAGUCUGUCUGUGUACAGUGCGUAUUGUUGAAAUUAUAAGCAACUUUUUUGGAUUAAACGCUUGUAAUAAUUAUGCGGUUCACAUUUUUAAUAUUGUCUUAAGAAACAUAUUUUAAUACAGAAAUUUGAUAUUUGAACCUUAUAAGCUUUGUGUUUUUAAAGUAAGUGUAGUUUUCAAAAACCAGGAAAUGGAGUUUUAACGGAACUCGCAAUCGUCUGCAUUCUAACAUAUAAAUUGUAUUUUUUUUUGUACGCAUAUUUGUUACAAUUCUAAUACCAUUCGGGAAUAUAUACUUUUUAACACAUCUUCUCAAACAUAAUUUAUUAGAAGGCAUUAAAAUUACACAAUCCACCAAACAGUAUAGACGUCGAGUAAGUUUUUGUUAAGAAUAAGGGGUAAAAAGAUUAUACUUUGGAUAUUAGUUUACAGUUCCAAUUUGUUAUUAAAAUAAUUGUAUUUAAUAUAGUGAACUUAAUUUUAAGGUUAGUGCUAAAACUAUUUGAUGGUAUUUUGUUUUGAAAGAGACUUAAGAGAAAGCCAGUAAUAGCAAAAACAUAUGCAGAUUAAUAUAAAUGGUAUAAAUAAAAACAUAAAUAAACAA